GGCCAGCCAUUACUCAAGAGCCUGGUGUAUCACUUCACCCAGAAAUUCUCUAUGCCUACCAAGAUUAGAAUAGUCAAGAGAUCUCAAUUAGAUGCCAAAGAACGCUGCAAUCAAAGCUAUCAAGAUGGCAACGGAAGAAGCAACUCCCAACAAUGAUGACAGUGGAACGCCAAAUUCCACACCCUAACCCAUUCAAAGAAAACAUUGACCCUAAAGCCCAAGAAGGCAAGUCACCCACUAGACCCACUGAAAGAUUGAGAGAAGUCCAGGCCGACAAAUAAGACCCUACUUGCAUCCUCAAAAUAGGUAAACUUGGUGAGCAACUAGAUGAACAGUUUGUACUAUUCCUACAGGCAAACUUCUCAAAUCUUGAGACAACGAUAUUUCUUUCACCAAAUUGUGGGAUAAAAUUUAGCAUCGCUGACUUGGGAUGUGUUAUUGGGCCUAAUACUUUUUUUGCAGCACAAAAUAUCAUAGAUUCGGUCGGUGAAGUUGAAAUUUCAGUCUGAUGAGAUCGAUUCAGGCUCUACCUGAGUUUCAUGUCUUCUUCAACGAUCAUGUUGUCAAUAAUUUCAACACCCUUUUCAUUUCCAUGCCUUCAAGUAAAGAAUACUAUGCAACUGGUGUGUCUGGUUCUGUUCACAAUCGUUUGUUUCCGAAGGCCAGUUUUGAUUUUAUUCACACCUCUUACUCGCUUCAGUGGCUCUCAAAGCUGCUGAAAGAGCUGGUGGAUAAACAAUCUCUGGCAUGGAAUAAAGGGAAAGUUUCGUAUCCAAAUUCAGCCAAGGAAGUGGUGGAAGCUUACAAAAUGCAUUUUGGAAAGGACAUAGAGUGGUUUUUUAAUGCCAGGGCCUUGGAAAUUGUUUCUCUGGAGAUCUUAUGGUUCUUUCUAAUCCCAAGUGUUGCGGAUUCCCAUUGCAAGUGCGUUAUAAUUGCAGUUUUUGACCUCUUGGGAUCUGCCCUCAUGGAGUUAGCCGUCCAGGGAUUAGUUGACGAAGAUAAAGUGGACAAUUGCAACCUUUCAAUCCCAGAUGAGAUAGCCUCCUUGAUUGAGAGCAACAAUGGCGAUUUCAUCUGAAGAUGGAUUAGUUAUUGUCUCACCAGGUCACUGAUCUUAACAUCAUGGUCAUGCAUUUGACAGCAGGCAUGAAGAGCAACAUCCGGGCAAAUUUUGGAGCAGAGAUUGUUGAACAAGUUUUCGGAAAAUUCAAGCAGAAAAUUGAGGCGUCUGCUGUUCUCAUUGACCCAAUCUACAAGCGAACAUAUGGAUUAUUUAUUUUUCUUAAGGAUAAACCUUAUUAGAAAUUGAAAGAGUGUAGGAGUUUAAAUUGAAAGACAGAAAAGUUCAGAAGCAAUUGCUCAAGAUUUCUUAUUUGGGUUGUAAUUGUUUGAUUAAGUUAUAGUAAUAACGCUUGAAUGUGUAAUGGCGCAGCCAAAAUAUGACUCAAUCUUCCUUUUUCUUCUCAUUUAUUAAAAAACAUCUUCUGGAGUCCUUGAGCUAAUAUGUUUCUAUUGAAAAGAGUAGAACAUCUUGUUGAAGUCUUGGCUAAUUUCAGGAAAGUAAAAUGUAACAACUAUAUAUGCUGUGAUCUAGUUGUAUAAAGUUUGCAGCGAUAAAGAAAAUCUGUUUUUAUA